CCAUUUCUUCCUUUCUUUCCUUCUUUCUGCAUAUUUCAGAGGAAAGUUUAAGCUUCUAGAUCUUGUAUCUUAUGACGAUCCAGUUUUCUGAAUUCUUUUGGAUAUUUCUCAUACUUCCAGAAGAAAAACGAAGGUGACUUUAUAACAUUUCUUAUAUUUGUGUAAUGGCGGCAGCAUUAGAUUUUGAUUAGAGCUAGCAAUCUAGGGUUGGGAGUUUGUGAUAUUGAUUUCUCUUAAUUGUUGUUUGAUAUUGCUAUUCUUUCCUCAAUAAAGGAUAUCAUGUCAUAAGUUGGAUCAGCAAUUAGUUUAUCUGUUUCCCAGAUGAUGAUGAGGAGAUUGAUUCAUUUAGAUAAGAAUAAGAAGCUUAUUUUCUUGAUAGAUAGGUUUUCAAUGGAUUGGUAGCACUGACUUGAAAUUGGUGGAAGGAGUGACUGAUGCCUGAAGGAUGCUCAAGCAGUUAUUGAAUAGGCUGCCAAAGAAGCUAGCUAAGACAACAGAAAGUCGCAAUGGGAGCAAUUCAAUGGCAUCUUCUUCAGGACACAGUUGUGUCAAUAAGCUUCCACAAGCUUUAAAUUCAAAGUUAAAUGAGAAUAUGUUACUUGCUUCAUAUGAAUCACUGCCGGAUUUUAAAGAUGUUCCAAAUUCUGAGAAGCAAAGCUUGUUAAUUAAAAAGAUGAAGUUGUGUUGUGUUGUGUUUGAUUUCACUGAUCCGUCAAAGAAUCUGAAAGAGAAGGAUGUCAAGCGACAGACAUUGGUAGAUCUUAUCGACUAUGUCACGUCUGCAAAUGGGAAAUUCAAUGAAACUGUUGUUCAAGAAAUGACUAAGAUGGUAUCUGCCAAUUUGUUCAGAACAGUGACUCCUCAACCUCGCGAGAACAGGGUUCUAGAAGGCUUUGAUUUGGAAGAGGAAGAACCUUCAAUGGACCCAUCAUGGUCUCACUUGCAAAUGGUUUACGAAUUCCUUAUGAGAUUUGUGACAUCACCCGAGACAGAUGCAAAGUUAGCCAAACAGUACAUUGAUCAAUCCUUUGUUUCAAGGUUGUUAGAUCUGUUUGAUUCAGAGGAUCCGAGAGAAAGAGAGUACUUGAAAACUGUUCUGCAUCGCAUAUAUGGAAAAUUUAUGGUGCACAGGCCAUUCAUUAGAAAAUCAAUAACCAACAUAUUUUAUCGUUUUAUUUUCGAAACUGAGAAACACAACGGAAUUGCUGAGCUUUUGGAAAUACUGGGAAGUAUAAUCAAUGGGUUUGCUUUGCCAUUGAAAGAGGAGCACGUAAUCUUUCUUGUCAGGGCACUGAUUCCACUUCAUAAGCCGAAAUGUGUGACAAUGUACCACCAACAGUUAUCUUAUUGCAUUAACCAGUUUGUAGAAAAGGACUGUAAGCUUGCUGAUACUGUCAUAAAGGGCUUAUUGAAGUAUUGGCCAAUAACCAACAGUUCAAAGGAGGUGAUGUUUUUGGGCGAGCUGGAGGAGGUCUUAGAAGCAACGCAACCUCCAGAGCUCCAGCGCUGUAUGGUGCCCUUAUUUCACCAAAUUUCUGGUUGCUUGAGUAGUUCACAUUUCCAGGUGGCUGAAAGAGCUUUGCUCUUAUGGAACAACGAUCGCAUCAAAAACCUAAUCAGACAAAACCGCAAGGUCAUAUUACCAAUCAUCUUCCCAGCCUUGGAGAGAAAUCAUUGGAAUCAAGCUGUACAAAGCCUGACACUUAAUGUCCGUAAGAUUUUCUCUGAUAUUGAUCCAGAACUGUUUGAAGAGUGCUUGCUCAAAUUUCAAGAAGAUGAAGCAAAAGUGGGAGAGACUAAGUUGAAAAGGGAAGCUAUUUGGAAAAGGCUAGAGGAGAUAGCAGCAAUGAAAGCUGCCAGCAACAAACCCGGGAAAACUAACUCAUCAAUGCCAUCUUGCUAGAGAUUCGAAGCUGCCCGUAUCCAGCUCAGGCUUGGGAGAG